AUGUCGGACGAAUACCGGAGCUCCAUCUCCUCUCGUCCGGCCUUCAACCGGAACUCCACCACCACCAGCAAUACUUUUGCGCCUGGUUCUGGCAACCGUGUGGUCAAGAUCGUCACCGAGAUGUCGUCCAGCACCACUCAAUCUGGACUCUCGCCUUUUGGCCAGAAUGCCGCUUCGGCCAUUCGUGACUCCCGUGAGCGCGAGAAGAAAGAGAUGGCGGACCUCAACGAUCGUCUGGCCAGUUAUAUCGAGAAAGUCCGCUUCCUCGAGGCCCAAAACCGCAAGCUCCAAGGGGACCUCGAUCGCCUGCAGGGAAAAUGGGGCAAAGGAACCUCCUCAAUCAAGAUCAUGUUCGAAUCUGAGAUCACCUCAGCCCGCAAGGUCAUCGAGGAGACCGGAAGGACCAAGGGGGAUGUUGAACGCGAGAUCAACAAGCUCCAAACUGAGCUCAAUGAAUACCGCAGGAAAUACGAAGAGGCUGUCCGGGGACGCACUGAGGAUCGUCAGACCAUUGAUGAUCUCCUUGUCAAGCUGUCCAACAUUGAAGCCGAGAUUAACCUCCUCAAGCGCCGCAUCGCUCUUCUUGAGGAAGAACUGAAGUUCUUGAGGAAAGAGAACCUUCGUCUGCAAAGCGAGCUUCAGCGUGCCCGCACGGAUCUCGAUCAAGAGACCCUCAAUCGUAUCGACUACCAAAACCAAGUCACCACUCUCCUUGAGGAGAUCGAUUUCAUCAAGCGCUCCAAUGACCAGGAGAUCAAGGAUCUUCAGGCAAUGGCUGCUCGCGACACCACAAAUGAAAACCGCGAGUACUUCAAGAACGAAUUGGCCUCAGCUAUCCGCGAUAUUCGCAACGAAUACGAGCUGAUGAUGAACUCCAAUAAGAACGACAUGGAUUCGUGGUACAAGCUGAAGGUCCAGGAGAUCCAGACCCAAUCCGCUAGACAGAAUAUGGAGCAAGGACACGCCAAGGAAGAGGUGAAACGCCUCCGCGAGCAGCUCUCCGACCUUCGCGGCAAACUUGCCGAUCUUGAGGGCCGCAACGCCCUUCUGGAGAACCAGAUUAAGGAGCUCAACUACCAGCUCGAAGAUGACCAGCGCGCCUAUGAGGCCGCCCUCAACGACAAGGAUGCUCAGAUCAGGAAGAUGCGCGAGGAAUGCCAGGCGCUUAUGGUUGAGCUGCAGAUGUUGCUCGAUACCAAGCAGACUUUGGAUGCCGAAAUCGCCAUCUACCGUAAGAUGCUCGAAGGCGAGGAUGGAGGCCCGGGGCUGAAGCAGCUUGUCGAACAGGUCGUCAGGACCACCGGCAUCAAGGAGGACGCUGAUACUGAAACAAUGCGUGUGCUCAAGGGUGAGACCUCAUCUCGAACAUCGUACAGCCGUUCGGCAAAGGGCAAUGUGUCUAUCCAGGAAACAUCACCCGAAGGACGUUUUAUCGUGUUGGAAAACACGCACCGUGCCAAGGAUGAGGCUAUGGGUAGCUGGAAGUUGAAGAGGAAGAUUGAUGGCAAAAGGGAAAUUGUGUUUACGUUCCCCCAUGAUUACGUGCUGAAGGCCGGAAAGACUGUUAAGGUGUGGGCCCGUGGACAUGGCCACAGCUCCCCGCCCGAUCAGCUGAUCUUCGACGGUGACGAUACCUUCGGCGUUGGCUCAAACGUCCAAACCAUCCUCUACAACAAGGACGGCGAAGAGCGAGCCUCUCACAUCCAACGCCAAUCCCAAUCCAACAAU